AUGGCGGCGGAGCGGGGAGCGGGCCUGCGCAUCUUCCGCGAUGUGAGUACGGGCACGGAACCCAUCCUUCGCACCGGCCACCUGCGAGUGUUUGGGGAGGGGCACCUGAUAUUAAGAAGAGCAGACAAGAAUGAUGAUGGAAAACUGUCCUUUGAUGAAUUCAAAGCUUACUUUGCUGAUGGAGUUCUGAGUGGAGAAGAACUGCAUGAGCUUUUUCACACCAUUGAUAAACAAAAUACUGACAAUCUUGACACAGAAGGGCUCUGUGAUUAUUUUUCAAAGCACUUAGGAGAGUAUGAAAAUGUUCUAUCUGUCUUGGAAGACUUAAACAUAACCAUACUGAAGGCAAUGGACAAAACAAAGAAAGACUAUCAGGAGGCUUCCAGUUUGGAGCAGUUUGUGACUCGCUUUCUUUUGAAGGAGACCCUGACCCAGCUGCAGUCCCUGCAGAGCUGCCUGCAGUGUGCCGCGGAAAGCGCAGGAGAGGCGAGCAAAAAGUCUCCUGUGUUUCUGUGCAGAAAAGAUCCAAGAAAACCAGAAGUGCUCUCAGUCCAGUGGCCAGGAAAAUGCUCAGCUCGAAGGCUUCAGAGGAACAACAGCCUGUCAUCAAAUAACCCUUAUUCCAGCACAGGUUGGAUUGAGGAAGACAGCCAAUGGGUGAUCCAGAUAAACAGACUCCAGAGGCUAAUUGAUAGACUGGAAAAGAAGGACCUCAAGCUUGAGCCAUUUGAAGAGGAAGUUUUGGAAGAAAAUGCAAGAUCUCAGAUAAUGAUUAUUCAGCACCAAAUGUCUGUGAAAGAAGAAAAAGUGGAAGAAUUCCAUCUUGCCCUGAAGCAGUACCUGGAAUCUGCUUCUGCUCAAGGUGGCUGCUUGCACCACCUUCAAAUGAAUUACAGCAAGACAUUCCAGAGAAGUAAUGUGGAUUUCUUGGAAACUCCAGAGCUCAUCACACCAAUGCUAGUCCCUGCAUCGUGGUGUGUCCUCAAUAACAACUAGAAGUUGUGGUUCCAAGUAAUGUUAAUGUUGUAUUGCCUUUCAUUACACUAACAUUCAUAUUGCAGUGUACAAGUGAAAUUAUGAUAACAUUUGUUAUUAUGGAUGGAAUCUGUUCCACUUUAUCCAUUCUAAAAUCUGGAAAACUGCAUUUAUUACCUUUUCUUCUUGUGACUAGUUCAGUGAAAUGAUGCUUUCUAAAAACUGAAAUAAGACA